GGGAAUGUUGUUCUCUCUCCAGCGCCAGCGCAGAGAUUUUUAGAGAUUUGGAGACAACAGUGUUGCUUUGCCACAUUGUGGGCGCAAUGAGUUUUCAGUUGGAGCGCAACGUUAGCCGGUGACGGGCGAUGGGAUAUAUGCGAUAUAUACGCGACUUAUACCCGAUAUACAAAGUAACGCCGUAGUAAUCAGCCAAGUCAGCAGGCGUAGGCGGAUCCAAAACAGUUGCACAACUACCGCAUUUCGUGAGGAAAAAAAUAAAUCUAUGAAAAUAAAUAUAUAUAGUGCCACAAGGUGUUUAAAAACCAAUUUCGAUGGGCUAAAAACCUCGAAGCCCACAGUUUAACCCUUCGGUGGAGCGGUGUGCCUGUUUUUUUUUAUUUGCGGAUUUCGUGUCGUCUGGUUUCCGUUCCCGUGCCAAAAAAAAUCGAUAAUUCCGUGCUGUAUCGGGUGUUUUGAGUACUACGCGUAAGGACCAAGUGUGCGCAAAAGAGAUUGUAAGAAAGAGAGAUUGUAAAUCACAGUUAAAGACUCAAAACUACAAACAUAAAAUUUAACUGACUAAAAAUGUAUUUUUCUACAUAAAAGUCAAGUACCAGAAAAUUAAUAAGAAACCUGGUUUUAAAAUCAUAAAAAUGCUUUUUUAACAUUACCACAGAGAGAAUUCUCUCACCGCUACCAUUUCUCGUUAUCUACCGAAUUACAACCAAAGAGAGAGUAAGAGAGAAAGUGGGAGGAGAGAGCACGUAAACGUGAUUGAAAUUUUUGCACAAAAAGGAAGCGCCGCUUACGCUUUACACGCGGGUUAAGAAGAAGAAUUGCAAAACGAAGCAGCGCGUAAAAAUAACAAACAAAAAUACAUGCGGAGGCGUAUAAAUAGAAACAGCGUGUAAAGCGCAACGGCAAAGAAGUCGGUAGUAUGUAGUAAUAGUAGUAGAAAAAGAAGGCGAAGGGGAAGUAGCAGGAGGAGGAGAAGAAUAACGAAGUAGACGUCGACUGCGACGCCGACUGCGACUGCGGCGUCGUAGUAAGUUUUUCUCCUGUACGUGUGCGCUGCGUGGGUGCAUCGUAUUUGUUGUGUGCGUGUGGCAUGUGAACCGAAUAAAAGCCAAAGCGGAAAACCAUGAUAAAGUUUGUCAGGCAGAAAAAUCGCGAAAACACACUAAGGGUAUCCAAAAAUUUUAUGCGUAAAAAGCGUGAAUCGAAUGACUCUGGCACCGAAUCUGAUGGUGAACUCCUCGAUGUGGAAAACCAACGUCACUUAGACGUGGAUAUGGAAACUAGUGUUGCUGGCCAGAAACCAAUCGCUCCUGCAAUGAUGUGUCACCAGCAGACGUCGUCAUCCUGCGCCCAUCUCAUGUACGACCAGCACAGUUCCGAGGAGGAGCUGGAGGUGAUCAACGGGCCGUCCUCGCAGGCUGGUCAGCAUCCCGGCGGAACGACGGCCACGGGCUCUUCGUGCGUCUCCCGGAUUUCGAAUCGCGGAUGCACUUCCUCUCUGGACACGGAGGCGCCCUACGAGGAGCGGGCCACCACAUCCAACUCGAAGCGCUCCAGCUCCACGCUGAUGGUGGAGAAUCGCAAGCGAUCGCUGGCUCACAGCUCCGACGAUGAGUUGCGCAACUCGCUGGAGCCAAUAUUGACGCCCGUGAAUUUUCGCACAUCGCCGCCAUUGGAGGCAUUCAAGCCAAAUCGUAGCCAUAUGAUGUUCCGCUCCACAACGCCACUGAUAUUAUCGGAGGCCCGAUGUGGCAUCGAAAAUAUUAAAUUAUGUGAUAAUAGUGUAAACGAGGAGAAUGGCGACAACGGCGGCGGUGGCGUGGCAGCCAAUAGCAGUAAGUGUGCUAAGAUUGGUGCAGGAAACACCAUCGGAACGGGAACCGGAACCGGAAAUGGCAACGGUGCCAAUGAGAACGAGCCGAGCGCGAGUGUGAUCAAGGCGUGCAGCAGCUCGCUAAAGAUGAGCAACAGCAGCCACCACAUUUACCAGCCGCAGCCGAAGUAUAGUUUCCACUACAACAGCUCGCGGAGCAGUCCGGCCAGCACCACCGGCUUGGAUAUGGAGGUGCGAUCGGUCAGUCCGCCGGCGAAAUUGUUCCACUGCGCCAUAUCGCCCAGGCGGCGACCCAGUAACAAUGCCAGUGGUCAACCCGGCGGGGGCGCCACAACAAUAUCACCGUCAUCGUCAUCAUCAUCAGCCACAACAACGACACACAAUGCUGCCAAUUCCGCCGGAAAUGCCGCCAACGUCACCGCCGCCGCCACCCAGAGACUGCAGCGACCGCAUCGGCCGUGUUUAGAUUUUGAUAAGAUGCAGCAGGUUAGUCUCUAAUGCAGAGCACGCUAACACCAGAUCAGCCGGAAAAGGGACAGAGUCGUGGGAGGAUGGGGGGCGAAUCAAAGACUUUUUAUACGAACCAACAACCACAGCAACAGGCCACUGAAACUGAAACUGCAAUGGGAGGAUUGCUGAAGUACCUAGGGGUUAAUGAAGGCCCUAGAUAACUGGCAGCUCGGAAACAACCGGAGCAGGUUGAAGGACUCAAACAGCAAGAGGAAAAUAUCAUCAAAUCAAAUUAUAUAAAUCUAAAGGUAAUUCAAAUUUUAACGCAAACCAACAAAACAAAGAGAGAAACCUAAAAUUUACAAUAGAUGCAGCUAUUUUUUCACAAUUUUAAACUGAAAACUGUAACAAAAAUGCGAACGAGGAUCGAAACGUUGAUGAAAAAACAAUAGAUUUAAAAGCUCCGGGGCGUAAUGCAGAUCGAAAGUUGAUACAAAAAGAAUAGAUUUCCAGGGGGCUGUAAAGAAAGAUAUUCAUAUGCAAGUCAUAUGGAGAAAAGGAUCACAAAAAUUGAUUAAAAAUAAAUAUAAGUAGGGUCUGGGGGUGUGUAAAGAAAAGGAGUAAAGAUUUAGACGAUAAAAGGCCAGCCAGUGGAAACUGUGAACUGUAAAUAUUGUAUUUGUGAGGGAUAAACCAAAAAACUUUUGAAGAAUUGGCAUGCCAUCGAUAGAAGAACGAGCGAAGUUGAAUGUAUUUUAAUUAUUUUAAAAGCCGACGAAAAACACUUUUGGUGAUGUGGCAGAAGACUCAAAACUUGAAAAAGAGAAUAAUUAUAUUUCUAUAAAAUGAUGGAAAGCUGAGAAAACUGUGAGCGGCUUGAGGGAAAGUGGGAAAUAUGGAAAGGAAAUAGCAUAGCAAAACACUUGGGACGAAGAAAUAGCAACAGCAACAAUGUGAAGCAACAAUAGAAACUGAAAUAAUAUAAACAAAACAAAUGCAAACAGAACUUUUUGUAUGAGAAACAAGGAGCCCAAAAAGACACUGUCGCAGCGACAGUUUAAAAACAGUUAAAAUAUGUGUUUAAUGUACAACAUAAAAUAGCAAGCUAUUUUAUAAACAAUAUUCAAUUUAUCCACAAUUAAGUGAAUCAAGAAACGACAAACAAACAAAACCAAAAAGCUGCCAUUAACAUUCAUGCAUACGAUUAAAACUCUUUAGUUUUACCAAUAUGAUUGAUGAUUGCUUAAUGGGAAGACUAGUAAACGCAACAAUUAAACAAUUGGCAAAUGUUUGCAAGCUCAUAUGUGUAUUAGUAAAGCAUAAUUACCUUUCUUUGUCAAGUAAAUGAAGAAACAAAACAAAAAGGAACGCAUCAAGUAAACCCAUAUUCAAUUCAAUAAAAACCGAAAGAAAUGAAAAAAACCAAAACCAGUAAAUGUGUGCAACCAUAGCAAAGCAAAACAUACAUUUUUAAGUACCAUAUAUAUGUAAAACCAAGCAAUGAAGCAAAUCCAGAGCGAAAUAUUCAAUGUAAUGCUAAUUUUAAAUCAUAUUUACUAAAGAAAAGCAGGCAAAAUUUAAGUUACAUUCAAAAGUAGUCAAUGGAAUCGCAAGUUUCGUAUGCUAAUUUUUUCAAUAACCAUCUCAUGCCCACUAAAAAUGUUUCACACACCACCACCCAACAUACAACACUUGAAACUCUCAACACAUUCAACCUACCAAAACAGCAUAAUCCACACCACCAAGACACCAAGAAUAAAUAUAAUAAUAGCGGGGAAUCGAUCGAGAUGAUGGAAGUCAGGCUGGGAGAUGCGAAGUGCAGAUAUGAUACUGAUACUAGGAAUGCAGUUUUCGUAAUUUUUAAUUAAUUAAACAAAACAAAGAGAGAAAGAACAGAUGAAUUAUAUUAUAUAUGUGUAACGAACGGGAGAAUCGGAAGAUAUCAUGGACUGAGCGUACAUAAAGCGUGGAAAAGAUAGGAAGCUGGUGAAGCAUUCAAUACUAGGAUUUUAGUUUAUAAGCUCUAAAGCGAUGGAAAUUAUUGUGAGAACGGCUAACAAAUACGGAAAAAGCACACACAAAUCUAUGGAAUGUUUGGCUGCGGGGCGUUUAUGUUGAAUAUUUUUGAGAAACAAAACAAAAACGACAAAAAAAAGUGAAAAACAAAUUAUGUUGUAAACAAAGAAUACAAAGAUUUCAUUGCGUUUUGGGCCCAACUGACAGGCGCCCAAAUACUUGUGUUGUACAUAGUUACAUUAAUAAUAACAAUAUAUAUUUAAUAUAUAUAUAUAUACUUACUCAUUAACAAUUAAGUCGAUGAACGGUACAAGUGCAAAAAGAGAGAAAGAAGUAUGAAAAACAAAAACAUUUGAGAAAAAAUGAAUGAAAUGAAGAUGACACAAAAACAUAAAAAAAUAAUAAAGAAA